UAGUGUUAAAAUACUACAGUUUGAUCGAAGAUAAAAUAUUACUAUUUAAAAUUUCGUGAAAACAUGAGAGAGAAAAUGGGUUUAUGUUUGUAGUCCUUUUUGUGGCCGUUAAACAGUUUACCCAAUUCCCAAACCCAAUCUCAUAACCCCCAAACAACGCCAACGAAAGCGACGCCGUUUGCUCAAUCGCCGGUCGCCGUCGCCGCCGCCGCCGCUGCCGGAAAUUCAGUCCCGCACUGACGAACGACAUUUCGCGGAUGGAGGCUCCAGGAACGCCGAGCCGGAGCUCCGCGCCGGCCCGGUCGCCGUCCAUGAUCGAAUCGAUACGCGGCUGCACGAUUUCCGGCGUUCGAAUCCCUAGGGAGGAGCUGAAGCGGAAGAUUACGAUGCCGGAGUACGUGAGGGUGGCCGUGAUGGAGGCGAUCCGAGCCAAGGACGCCGAGGCCGCCGUCGUGCUCCAGCUGUACGAGUCGGCUAAGGCGAAGGACGCCGAAGCCGCCGAGCCGCCCGAGUGCCCGCUGGUUGUGUUCAUCAACCCCAAGAGCGGGGGCCGCCACGGGCCCGAGCUCAAGGCCCGACUUCAGGAUCUCAUGAGCGAUGAACAGGUUUUUGAUCUUUCAUCUGUGAAGCCUCAUGAAUUUGUUCAGUAUGGAUUGUCUUGCUUGGAAAAGUUUUCUGCACUCGGUGACCACUGUGCAAAACACAUCCGUGAUAACCUCAGACUCGUGGUAGCAGGAGGUGAUGGAACUGUUGGCUGGGUCCUUGGCUGCAUCGGAGAACUUAACAGUCAACUCAGAUUGCCACUUCCACCAACUGGAAUUAUUCCACUCGGCACUGGAAAUGACUUGUCAAGGAGUUUCGGUUGGGGUGGCUCAUUUCCUUUUAAUUGGAAAGCAGCCGUUAAAAGAACUCUUGACAAGAUUACCCAUGGUCCCAUUGCUCGUCUUGAUAGUUGGCAUAUUUUGAUAUCUAAACCAGCUGGAGAAGAGUUGGAAAUACCUUACUCUCUCAAGCCAACAGAAGAAACUCCACUUGAUGAGGAACUGGAAGUUGAAGGAGAGUUGCCGGAGCAGGUUAACUGCUAUCAAGGAGUCUUCUAUAAUUAUUUCAGUAUAGGAAUGGAUGCCCAGGUCGCUUAUGGUUUCCACCAUUUACGCAACGAGAGACCAUACCUCGCUCAAGGUCCUAUCUCAAACAAGUUAAUAUACUCUGGUUACAGUUGCAAGCAAGGAUGGUUCUUCACACCAUGCAGCAGCGAUCCUGGUUUAAGGAGUUUGAAGAACAUCUUGAGGAUAUAUGCUAAGAAGGUCAAUUCUUCCGACUGGGAGCAAGUCCAUGUCCCGUCAAGUGUGAGGUCUAUUGUCGCUCUAAAUCUUCCUAGCUACGGGAGUGGUAGAAAUCCAUGGGGCAAUCUGAAGCCAGACUAUCUAGAGAAGAGAGGAUUUGUUGAGGCCAGUGCCGAUGAUGGGCUACUAGAAGUUUUCGGUUUCAAACAAGGAUGGCAUGCUUCAAUGGUUAUGGUAGAAUUGAUUUCUGCAAAGCACAUAACACAGGCCUCAGCUAUUCGAUUCGAGCUUAGAGGUGGAGAAUGGACGGAGGCAUACAUGCAGAUGGAUGGAGAGCCAUGGAAGCAACCCAUGAACAAGGAUUACUCGACGUUUGUGGAAAUUAAACGCGUACAAUAUCAAUCUCUUAUGGUCAAGGGAGACUAGCUUCGACUAAGUCUUGCUCGUUUUGCUGGGGGGUUUCGAUGCAGCAAAUGCUGAGAGGCAUCGAUGAAUUCAUUGUUGUACAGAUCCUUCCCUCUUUUAACGUUGUAUCUAAUCCAUUGUUUGGAGGGAAGGUGUUUAGAACUGGCUUUUUCAAGAUUUCCAUUUCAUGUCCAAAUGUAUUCUCUCCAGCCAAGUGGAAUCAUGAUUUAAUGAAACAAAGAGUUGGUUUUCUGUGCA